AUGAUGGUCGAUACGGAUUGGCAGUUCGCCACGACGCUCCAGCGCGAGAGCUGGAUUCUGUACUCCAUUGCGCUGCUAAACAUCAUUACCGAAAACGGCGGCUCGAAUCUGUUCCCUAUCGAGGACUAUGCCACCUUCUCCCCCCAAGACAUCCAAGCAAGAAUCGCAAACUCGAAGCUGGUUCUAAUCUCGGAACAAUGCAUGCUUAACCUAAUCUACGUCCUCAAGGCAUGCGUUCUCAUCCUCUACACCCGCCUCACACUCAACCUCUCCACGAGGCGCUUCGUCCGCUGGCUGGCAUUGUACGUCGUCGUCGGCUGGACUGCGACUCAGAUCACAAUGUUCUCGGCAUGCCACCCGUUCACCGAUUACUGGGCCGUGCCGCCUUCCAACCCCCAAUGUGCGACCUUCGAAACCUACGCGAUUCUACAAGCAUGGUUCAACAUCUCAUCCGACAUGUUGAUGUUGAUGGUCCCGCUGCCUUUGAUCAUCAGGAUGACGGUGUCAUGGAGGCAGAAGGUGGUUCUCGUCUUCAUCUUCAGCCUUGGUAUCUGCGUCGUCGUCGCGGCGUUCUUGACUAAGGUCUACAACCUCAGCGACCCGUACAGCCCCAGGUACAUGCUAUGGUACAUCCGGGAGGCGAGCGUCGCGGUUUACGUGUCCAACCUACCUCUCCUCUGGCCGCUCCUGAGAGAGUGGUUCCCCUGGCUGAAGAACCUGAAGACCGUCGGCGUCCUGCCAACGCCUCACCCUGCCGGGGCCUCAGGGCCGAGAGGGAAGGAGACAAACGUGAAGGCGUCCACAGCGGUGGGUGAGAGGAGCCAGGUCGGACCCGCAGGAUGGCCUGUCGGGACAGCGGCGGUCAUGAAAAGGGACACGUUUCUCGAGUUUGGCGCCUGGAUCCGCGCCGGGGAUCUGGAGCUGCAGAAGCCGGCGCGGGCGAAGCUUGCGAGCCCCAGCACCGAGCUCUUCCUCGAAAGCGGCAGCGAGACGCCCAUGAGCUCGCUGACGCCGGAGAAGAACCGCAAGAGCGCGUCGUCGGCGUCACCGUCGCAGCACUCAGGGGCUACGAUUGAGGAGACUUACGUCGGGCAGUCGACUGCCGGGGGCGUGGUGCUGGGCCCGGAUCUGGAGCGGGGCGACUUUGUCUGGGAGACUCCUCGGGGCCCGGGCAGAGUGUGGGCGGGGGCGGCGAGUUCAAAGUUCUCUUUGUCGUGA